AUGUUUUCAAAAUUAUUAUGUUUUCUUAUAAUUAUAUACUUCUUAGUGGUAGUUGAGGAAAUAUAUUGUAAAAAUGUAUUAAAAUGUUAUUAUUGUGGUAUUCGAAAAAAAGGAACACAAAAUUGGAUUUCAUUUAAUAAUGAAACUUGUAAAUCAAAGGUUGUAGCAUGUACUAAAAAUCAUGUAGCUUGUGUUAAAGCUCGUGUUUUUGAUCACACUACACAAUUUAUUAUUACUGGAUGUUCAGAGGAUAAAUUUACUGGAUGCGACCAAAGUGAAUUAACACCAGGAGGGGCAAAACUUGAAAGAUGCCAAUGUAAAAGUAAUUUAUGUAAUGAUUUAGAAAAAUUCAAAUUAAAUACUUUUAAAUUUGUUAAUGAUAAUAAAGUAGAAAAAAAUAAUGACAAAUUAGAAUCACAUGAAGAGGGAGCAUUCAUUGUCACAGAACAAUCUUUUAAUAAAUAUGAUAAAUCAAUUAUUAAUAAAUAUAAAGAAAAAGAUAAUUCUCAACAUUUAAAUAAAAAGACACCUCACCAAGAAGUACGUGGAACAUCUGAUGUUUAUAUUUUUAGAUUUCUAUAG